CAGAAUAGAAAAAACUCAGCACUCAAAUCCAACUCUCCUUGCCCUUAACAAUCCCUCACGCACAGUCUAUAUCUUCAAAGCCAUAAGAAAAAAACGUCCCAACCCCAAACCCAAUUCUUCUUCAUCAGCUCCUAUCGCCAUUUUAGUACUCCACAAGAUCAUUAAUCCAGGACAAAGAAACAGGCCUGCUUUUUUGGUUAUAAUCAUCAAUCCAUCAUUCUAUCCACUUCAACUACCUUCUUGUAUAACUUCAUCUCCACACAACCCAUGCACCCAAUAAUUUACCAUAAUUUGUAGGCCUUUCUACCGAACAUAAUUUGCAACAAAUACUGGUGCAGUGAUCGCUUGAUUAAUACUUGCUUCUGCAGAAGAAAUGGACGAGUCAUGGAGAAUGAGAAUGGGAAUGCCAACAACAACAAAAACAGCACUGAAGCACAAUCCCCCUCGCCGGCGAUCCACCGAGGACACGUCCUACCGGCAAACCUCUGAAAGCCCUCUUCUAGACCCUGAAGACUUCAACGACGUGUUUGGUGGGCCGCCUCGGACAGUCAUGUCACGGCAAUUUCCCAGCAAUGAGUAUUUUCCCCGGUCAUCCUCGACUUCUUCUUUCUACGAAGAGAUUUUCAGGCCACCCGAGAAUGUGGUUCCGGCACCAGCACCGGUGAGGAGUGGCCGGAACUUGCCGGAAUUCAGGAUUCCAGCUGAAAAGGGUGCAAGGAGGAGUAAUCAGUUUGAGGGCUUUUACGGCGAUAUUUUUGGGUGGAAUGAAGAGGAUUCGAAGAGGUCGAGGUCACGGACGAGGUCAAGGUCUAAGUCCAAGACCAGCACAUCGUCGGUGUUGAGUUCGGAGGAGUUGAGCCCUUUACGGCCGGCCAUUGGAGGCGGUGAAUUGGGUGAUGAGGAUGUUUCAUUUUUUGCUUCCAGGCUGAGGCCAUUAAAUGUCCCAAGAAGAUGGACUUCAAACACAGCCAUCCAUGAGGAGCUUCAAGAGCAGCAGUCCAUGUCAGCAUUUGUGUCCUGCGGCCCUUCUUAUGAUGCUGAGUUUGAUUACAAUGAGAACUUCAGAGGCUCUAAUUUCAGAUUCUGUCGAAGGAAUCCAUCCCCUGAAACAAUUAGUCUUGAACCGAACUCAUACCGUAGUCUAAAAGUGUCAGCAGAUGAUUUAGAGCACCACAACUCACCAUCGUCAGUUAUUUCUUCCCUCUGUCAAGACCAGGAGGCAGUUGAUGUAGUAGCCAACAGAACUGAGGAUCAGAUGUCGCGAGAGCAAGCCAUGGAGCAAGAUGAAGAUGAAGUUGUGAGCUCUUAUGUCAUUGAAAUUAAUGCUGGAAACAGGGAAUGGGCUGAGGAAGCAGUUGGUGUUGAUGAUGCUAUUGCUUGGGCAAAAGAGAAGUUUCAAACAUGUUGUUCAGAAGACAUGCUUGGUGCAGAUCAAAUUUCAGAUGGACAUAAAGAUGUCAAUGAAUCAACGCAUGUUGCAGGGGAUGAAGAACAAGAUACAUGGACAAAUGCAGAACAGAAACGAGAAUUAGGGACAGAUAUGGAAAUGGAGCUACUAAAUGAAAAGAUAAGGUUGUGGUCUACUGGAAAAGAAGCAGAUAUUCGAUUGCUGCUCUCAACUCUGCAUCAUAUAUUGUGGCCUGACAGUGGCUGGUUAGCAGUACCAUUAACAAAUCUGAUAGAAAGUUCACAUGUCAAGAAGGCUUAUCAGAAAGCUAGACUUAUUCUGCACCCUGACAAAUUGCAACAAAGAGGAGCAUCAUUCCCCCAAAAAUAUGUUGCAGAAAAGGCAUUUCCCAUCCUCCAGGAUGCAUGGGCUGCAUUUGUAUCUCAAGAUGUCUUUUGCACUUGAUGCUUCAGUGUCUACUCAAAGCCGAUAAUACUCCAGGGAUGGCUAGCAUAUUGGACUAAAGAAAAUGUGGCUGGUCUUGUAAUGAUUUGUGGUGUUGGUCUUGUAAUGAUUUGUGGUGUUGUGACUUGCAUGUUGUGAGAAGGGUAAAAGUACUACCACUUUACAUUUUGGGGUACAUAGUUAAUGUCUGAAUGAGAUUUUCAACUAUGGUAAAUAUCGAUAUUUGUGUAUACUCUAGAGAAAUGUAUGAUUAUGAUUACCUCACUA